AAAGUUGAUCACUAUCAAGAAUUCAAAAUGUCAUGCUUUGGUGUCUACAACUUCUAGUGUUUUGUGUUUUAUAGCAAAGGCAAAGAAAGUGGCAAUGGCAAGCCAAAAGAUCUCAUCUUUCUUAUCUCGCACAUUGGCUUCUUCCUCCAUCCGUUCUCUGUCUCAACAAGGAAGGACUAGUCACUGCAGAAGGGUGGUGAGCAGAUACAGCACAACUGCUGCAACUGAGGAACCUAUUACUCCACCUGUUAGUGUUAAAUACACUCAACUUCUUAUCAAUGGAGAAUUUGUGGAUUCUGCAUCAGGUAAAAAACUCAAAACAUAUGAUCCUAGGACAGGAAAUGUGAUUGCUGAGGUUGCUGAGGGUGAUGUUGAGGAUAUCAACCGCGCAGUUUCUGCUGCUCGCAAUGCAUUUGAUGAAGGGCCUUGGCCUAAGAUGACUGCUUAUGAAAGGUCAAAAAUUCUGUUCAAAUUUGCUGAUCUACUUGAGCAGCAUACUGAUGAGAUUGCUGCCCUUGAGACUUGGGAUAAUGGAAAACCAUACGAGCAAGCUGCUAAAGUCGAAUUACCAAUGUGUGUUCGUCUAAUGAGAUAUUAUGCUGGAUGGGCUGAUAAGAUACAUGGUCUAACUGUUCCUGCUGACGGACCAUAUCAUCUGCAAACUCUGCAUGAACCAAUAGGUGUAGUAGGCCAGAUUAUCCCAUGGAAUUUCCCAAUUCUCAUGUUUGUGUGGAAGGUUGCACCUGCCUUAGCAUGCGGGAAUACCAUUGUUCUGAAGACUGCAGAACAAACCCCGUUAACUGCACUCUAUGCUGCAAAGCUACUCCAUGAGGCUGGACUUCCUGAUGGUGUAGUAAACGUGGUCUCCGGAUAUGGUCCUACUGCUGGUGGAGCUCUUGCCUCUCACAUGGAUGUGGAUAAGCUGGCUUUUACCGGAUCAACUGUGACAGGGAAACUAGUGCUUGAGAUGGCAGCAAAGAGUAAUCUAAAGCCAGUGACUUUAGAGCUUGGAGGGAAAUCACCAUUUAUUGUUUGCAAGGAUGCUGAUAUAGACAAGGCAGUUGAAUUAGCCCACUUUGCUCUCUUCUUCAACCAGGGACAAUGCUGCUGUGCUGGGUCUCGUACAUAUGUACAUGAAAGCGUACAUGAUGAGUUCGUUGAGAAAGCAACAGCACGUGCUAUGCAGCGUGUUGUUGGUGAUCCUUUCAGGAAGGACAUUGAGCAAGGUCCUCAGAUUGAUUCAGAGCAAUUCGAGAAGGUAAUGCAAUACAUAAGAUCAGGUAUCGAGAGUGGAGCUAAGCUAGAAACAGGAGGAGAAAGGUUGGGGUCAAAGGGUUAUUACAUUCAACCAACUGUUUUCUCUAAUGUCAAUGAAGACAUGUUGAUUGCACAGGAUGAGAUAUUUGGUCCUGUUCAAUCUAUCUUCAAAUUCAAGGAAUUACAAGAGGUGGUGCAACGAGCCAAUAACACUCACUAUGGGUUAGCAGCAGGAGUCUUCACCCAAGACAUAGACACUGCUAAUACAUUAGCUCGAGCCUUGAGAGUUGGGACGGUUUGGGUGAACUGCUACGAUGUUUUCGAUGCAGCCAUUCCAUUCGGAGGGUACAAGAUGAGUGGACAAGGAAGGGAGAAAGGUAUAUACUGUCUCCAGAACUACUUGCAAGUCAAGGCUGUGGUUACUCCUCUGAAGAAUCCUGCAUGGUUAUAAUACAGUAUCAAAUAAAAUACUGUUGUUAAGUGUUCUUAAUUAUCUUCUGUAUUUCUCACCAACUUAGUUGGUUUAUAAUAAAAGAGAUGCCAUUUUGUCUA